GUAAAUCAUAAAAUGACCCCAUGCCUCAUGUUCUCUCCGUUUUUAAGCGUCUGCAGCGCCGAGGAUGCUGUACUGCUCUUCCAUGAGCAGGUCACCGAGUCGGUCCACCGCAGCCCUUUCUGAACCUGUGGCUGUCUGGAAGCUCUGCUGUGCUCCUUGCCAAGAUGAAAUGCGUCUUGGUGGCCACCGAGGGUGCGGAGAUCCUCUUCUACUGGACAGAUGAGGAGUUUGAAGAAAGUCUCCGGCUGAAGUUUAGGCAGUCAGAGAAUGAGGAGGAAGAGCUCCCUGCCCUGGAGGACCAGCUCAGCACUCUCCUGGCUCCAGUCAUCAUCUCCUCCAUGACGAUGCUGGAGAAGCUCUCAGACACAUACACCUGCUUCUCAGCGGAGAAUGGCAGCAGCCUGUAUGUCCUUCACCUGUUUGGAGAAUGCCUGUUCAUCGCCAUCAAUGGAGACCAAACAGAGAGCGAGGGGGACCUUCGGCGGAAGCUGUGCGUGCUCAAGUACCUGUUCGAGGUGCACUUCGGGCUGGUUACUGUGGACAGCCAGCUCAUCCGAAAGGAGCUGCGGCCCCCGGAUCUGGAACGGCGUGUCCAGGUGUGGGAGCACUUCCAGAGCCUGCUGUGGACUUACAGCCAUCUGCGGGAACAGGAGCAGUGUUUCGCUGUGGAGGCUGUGGAGCGCCUGAUUCACCCCCAGCUCUGUGAGCUGUGCAUAGAGAUACUGGAGCGCCAUGUCAUCCAGGCUGUCAACUCCAGCCCCGAGCGGGGCGGCGAGGAGGCCCUGCAUGCUUUCCUGCUCGUGCACUCCAAGCUGCUGGCCUUCUACUCCAGCCACAGUGCGAGCUCUCUGCGCCCUGCCGACCUCCUCGCACUUAUUCUCCUGGUUCAGAACCUCUACCCCAGCCAGAGCACAGCGGAAGAUGAUGAUGCCCAGCCUUCCCCACCGAGGCCCCAGAGAAGCCAGAACAUCCCUGUGAAGCAGGCCUGGAGCCCUCAUCCCACAAGCCCAGCCGGGGGGAGUUCUGCAGAGACGGAGACAGACAGCUUCUCCCUCCCUGAGGAAUACUUCACACCAGCUCCUUCUCCUGGCGAGCAGAGCUCAGAGCCUUCCAGCCCCAGAAGGAUCUUUCUGGACACCAACAUAAAGGACAGCCACUGCCCCAUGGCACCACACACCAUGUACUGCCUCCCCCUGUGGCCGGGUAUCAACAUGGUGCUCCUGACCAAGGUCCCCAGCACCCCCCUGGCCCUGGUCCUGUUCCAGCUGCUGGAGGGAUUUUCCGUGUUGGAGAAGAAACUGAAGGAGGGGCAGGAGGCCGGGAGCUCCCUGCGGUCCCAGCCCUUUGUGGCAGACCUGCGCCAGAGGAUGGACAAGUUCGUCAAGAACCGAGCGGGGCAGGAGAUUCAGAGUACCUGGCUGGAGUUCAAGUCCAAGGCCUUCUCCAGAAGUGAGCCGGGAUCGUCCUGGGAGCUGCUCCAGGCAUGUGGGAAGGUGAAGCGGCAGCUCUGUGCCAUCUACCGUCUCAGCUUCCUGACCACUGUGCCAGGCCAGGGAGGCGCACACCUGCCCCAGCACCUGCAGGACCAUGUCCAGAAGCUCAUGCAGGAAAAGCUCAGGGACUGGAAGGACUUUCUGUUGGUGAAAAGCCGAAGGAACAUCACCAUGGUGUCCUACCUGGAAGACUUCCCAGGCUUGGUGCACUUCAUCUAUGUGGACCGCACAACUGGGCAGAUGGUGGCCCCUUCCCUCAGCAGCAGUGAAAAGACAUCAUCGGAGUUGGGCAAGGGGCCCCUGGCUGCCUUUGUCAAAACCAAGGUCUGGUCUCUGAUCCGGCGGGCACGCAGAUACCUGCAGAAGGGCUACACCACGCUGCUGUUCCAGGAGGGAGACUUCUACUGCUCCUACUUCCUGUGGUUCGAGAAUGACAUGGUGGGCAAGGCCGGGUCUCUGGGGCAGGAUGGUCCUGAUCUGACUUCCUUUCUUCUGAACUGUGUUCAGUCUCUGUCUUCACCUCUUCUUGCCCUGGGUGGACGGACAGGUGAGUGCUGCGGUUGGGACCCAGCAUUCAGAGGCCGCAUAUUCACGUGGGCAUUCAGCUUUGCUCUGUGGUCCUCCACACAUCCAUGUGACAAGUUCGUGCCCACUGUUCCCAUGGUGCUCAGGCCGCACAUUCUCCAGCAGGGCCUCAGCAUCAUCAGCUCCACCUGCAGAGCAUGGCACUGUUGUUCCCGUGGUGUAGGUGGGUGAGCCGGAGUCCAGAGCAGUUACUCAGCCUGCCCACGGUGACGCUGGCAGGAUGGCUCAGGGCCCUCGCCCCUGGGCCUGGUCAUCUUUCUCUAGAACUCACUGCACUGCAGUGUAGGUGCUGGCUGUGGGACCUGUCCAUCUGCGGUCUCUCUCCCCCUUUCUCUCCUCCUUCCCCUCUCCUUUGCUUUCCUUCUGUUCCUCUUUUUGUUUUCUGCUCACUUGUCACCUUUGGUCAUUAUUCCAGCUCUCUAAGGAUCGUUCCUUCUACCCCUCACAGCCCCUGUCUCUGGGUCCCCGUACUCCUGUCCCCUUCCUUGCCCUUUCUGCUCAUGUAGUGCAGUGUGGUUACUGGGGCCUUCCGCCACCAUUCUCUCAUUCCACUCUCACAGCCCCAUGCAGCAGUUGGGCAGAUGGAGACACCGAUGCUCAGGACAGCAGCCAUCGUGGCCAGGGCCGCAGAGGUUAUAAGCAGUGAAGCCAGAACCCAGGCUCAGCUCUCCUGACCUGCAGGCUCCCACCUGUCCUCUGUGCCCUCAGAAGUGCUAGCAAGUUCCUUUGCCCUCUACCUUAGUUUCUAGGGAGAGAUGAGUCUGUAUGCUUGGGAGGCCCCGUGGGGUAAUAGGAUGAAGUAGAGCUGUGGUGGGGAGACCCAGGUUUGAGUGCUGCCUGCUCCACCCAGCCUGUGCGGAACCACCCCCUCACCUGCAGGGCGGCUGCACAGGUGGGCAUCAGGUGAGAGCGUCUUCAGGAGUGCCAUGAUCGUGCCCCACAGCGCUGAAUCCCUUUCCCCACCUUCUUCUACUCUGGGAAUCCCCAUUUCUUCCACAGCAGAUACUUGGGCCUCUUGAUCAUGCCUUGCUCUUCACAGCCCUGUGUGAAACCCCCACCCCUACCCACGCCGCCUCCUGGUGGGCCCCACCCCACAUGUGCCCAUCACUGGUCCAGCCUCUUAUUGUUGGUGACAAGAGCUACUGUGAGCACCAUCCCUGAAGUUCACCAGGCG